AGGAUCAUCCCACUUGCAGUCGCACUGGUUUUUCAGACAAGCAGUCUCUUGAUAAUGAGUAAAUAACCAACUUUGAACUCGAUACCUGUAUUAACUGCAGCCAAAUAUCAGAACAGGAAGUGGUCACAGUGUCAGGCAGCAACUGGAAACUAUCGUGAAGAUCAUGUCGUUUAAAGGAAGAAAAUGUCUCACCAUCUUUCUCCUCCUGCUCGUGGCUUUCUUAAUCUAUGCACUUCAUAGAACGGACCUCCAGAUUUACAUGUGGGACCCAUGGUUCCAGACUAAAGUGCAGCCCCCCAUCAUCUACACGAAAGUUUCUACUCAUCCUCCCAAGGGCCGCAGCAUCUGCAACUUCCCACCACUGUCCCCUAAGGAUGCUCUGGAGGAACGCCUGCUACUACAAUCUGUUUCUUGGCCUGAAACUCCUAAAUUGCCAUCUCCUUUUUCCCUGGAGCAGACCAGUGACCCGGCUCACAGCACUUUCACCAUUCACCCAGCGAGGGGACGAGGAGAGUGGCAUGUAGGGGAUCAGCUGGAAGUUAAGAUCGUCAUUUCUGACUUCAAGGGACACCCCAAGAAGUCUGGGGGGGACCUUUUAUUUGCCCGGCUGCACAACCUAAAGCUUGGUGCAGGUGUAGCUGGGAAAGUGGAGGACCAUCUCAAUGGGAGCUACUCUGCUGUCUUUCCUUUACUCUGGGAAGGAGACGCGCAGGUUGAGGUGACGCUAGUGCAUUCCAGUGAAGCUAUCACAGUGCUGAACAGGUUGACGAGUGAACAACCUGACAGGGUAUUCUUCAAGAGCAUGUUUCGCUCAGGCUCACGCUCCCAAACCACCAUCUGUAACGUCUGCUUGCGUCCAACCCAGCAGCCCCUCUGCGACUUAACUGACCAUCGAACCGGGGAUCCUUGGUUCUGCUACAAGCCAAACAACAUGAGCUGUGAUACAAGGAUCACCCACAAAAUGGGAGGAUACAAACAAAACAUCAAGCGCUGGGAGGAUAAGCUCUUUCAAGUACGUGUCAAUUUGAAAGUCCACAUUCGGGCUUCAGGUCCUGCUGGUGUCACUGUUUUACCAAAAAAGAAAGGUCAACCAGAGGUGAAGAGAAGCAUUGUGAAGUCUACAGCCUCUGGCUAUUACUACCAGGGUUUGUGGCGACCGCUAGAUGGCACCAAAGUUCGCCAAUUCAACAAUGCAUCUGCCAUCACUCAGUGUCUAAAAGGCAAAAUGGUCCACCUGUAUGGAGACUCUACCAUCAGGCAGUGGUUUGAGUUCCUCAACGCAGCACUACCAGAUCUUAAGGAGUUUAAUCUGGUUAGCUCGAAGCAAACUGGACCUUUCAUGGCCUUAGACUAUGCAAACAAAAUCAAGGUGACUUUCCGCUGCCAUGGUCCUCCUAUCCGUUUUGGCGUCCCAAUCGGCGAGCUUCGUUACAUUGCUAAUGAACUUAAAGACCUAACCGGGGGCCCAAACACUGUCAUAGUUUUUGGCAUCUGGUCUCACUUGGGCACUUUCCCCAUCGAGGUCUACAUCCGGCGUCUACAAAGGAUUCGCAGUGAGGUGGUCCGGCUGUUGGACAGGGCUCCAGAAACGCUGAUCAUCAUCAGGACUGCAAACCCCAAAGCUUUGUGGCUUUAUGAGACGAUAACUAACAGCGACUGGUUCUCGCUGCAGCGUGAUCAGGUGCUCAGAGCCAUAUUUAAAGGACUGAAUGUUCAUCUGAUUGAUGCCUGGGAGAUGGUCCUUGCCCACAUCCUGCCAAACAGCCUCCACCCACAACCUCCUAUUAUUAAGAAUAUGGUGGAUGUUCUCUUAUCCUACACAUGUCCUCAAAAGGGCCACUAGACGUGUGUUCAACAGUCUAUGCAAUAGACCAAUAGUCCACCAUAACUUCAAAAGUUAUUGAUUCAUGAAAAUAUCCCUCAGAUGAUUUGAAUGUGUUUUUUAAGGACAGAAACAGGUUAUUUUGAUGAUAGCAAAUUUAACCUCAACUUUGGUAGGAUGUUAAUCAGAGUAUUGGUGCAACAAUGUUUCGUUAUUACACACACUCAACAAGAUGCUUUUUGGUCAUUAGAAUGAUGUCUAUUGUAUCAAUAUUUACUGUUUUGCGCUUUUGGUUGUGGGUUGAUAAAUAUGAGUUGUUUUCUGGGCAAAAGCCUAAACAGGGUUUUCAAGGAUUAAGAUAAAGUCACACAACAAAUACUUUGGAAUAAACUCAACUAAAUUGAGAAAAAAAUAUAAUUAA